AUGGCAGACAACAAGGGUAACUCAUCUGGGAGCGGAGGGUUGUCGAAGUUCCCUCGCGAGAUUCUGUCAAUGAUCUGCGAAAACCUCUGCUCCCAUUGUACCUCGAAACCCCAAGAUGGAAAGGAUUUGGACUGGGGAAACCUGCCGUCGGCGUUAUUGGCCCUCAGCAAAACCUGCAGAGUCCUGCGCGAGAUCGCACAGCCCAUUACCUACCAUGUGGUGGCCUCUGUGCCUAACUACGCCCAGUUCCCCAAAUUCAUCCGCACCUUGGACGAGCGCCCAGACCUGGCAGCACAGAUACGGUGGCUUUGCCAGCACACCUACGAGUGUGGCGGCUGGGAUUACGACAAUGCCGAGGAGGUUGAGCUGGUGAAAGGCGUCGCCAAACGGCUGGGAAUGCAACGUGAGGACGAUGUGGACUUUGAAUCCGCUGACGAGGAGGACACAUCCCUAGGCAAGUUUUGCAUUGAGCUGCUGAUUGCCUUGGCACCCAAUCUCGAAGCACUGCAGGUUUACAUGGAAAACGACGGCAAUUAUGAAGGGACAAAGUACUACUACACUGCUGAGAGACGCAGGCAAAUAGGUCUUGAAGCGGCAUCGCUUCACCGUCUGAAGAGGCUGGAGAUUGUAACAGACGAUGACUGGGGCGUGAGCGCGAACGUGCCAGGCAUCCCUGUUUUGUUAAGUCUCGCGCCCAAUUUGGAACAUCUUUCGCUGUAUAGGUGCAAGGGGUUAAGUGACGAGUGGGAUGGGGAAGAUGAAGAAUCAAGGAUUAUCUUCAGGAACGGAGCAAUCAGUUCACUUCGCGUCGUCGAGUUCAAGGGCAGUGCUCUGGAAGGCGAUGCUGACACCGACUCGCUCAUCAGCGGUAUUGUCUCGCGUGCGCCGCAACUUGAACGCUUUUCCUAUCAAUCACAAGCGGCAUAUCUGGGCGAGCAUAUCGACGUACACUUUUCUGCUCGCGAUUUCCUGCGGUGCCUUCGACGCACCAAGAACUCGCUCAAGUUUCUCAAUAUCGACUUGACGGAACAUUCCCUCCAUAGCGAUAGCGGCGAGACUAUUGAGUCGCACGUUCUCCAGAGCUUCACCGCAUUGGAAACGGUCAAGCUGGAUGACACGUCCUUUUGCCGUCAUCGCGGUAACCCGGAAGUACCAUCAACUUGUCUCACGGAUACUCUGCCUACCAACUUGAAAACUCUCGUCCUUAGGCUUUAUGAAGGUAGCCAGGCUUGGGCUGACCUGGAGCGACUGGCCGCUGAAUCUAGAAAGUUUCCGAACCUUCGGCGUGUCCAAAUAGAGAACAUUCUUCGCAUGCAUAGUGAUGUAGCCGAGAACGUGUUUCCGCGACAAGCCGACGAGCAUUGCAAUGCUCUAUUGGAUGCCUUCGCUGAGAAGUCUAUCGAUUUUGCGUGGUCUAUAACUAUAGAAUAG